CAGCAGUCCAGAACCCUUCUGUUUCUGGGGCAGGAUUGUGAGGAAGGAGGGGGAGGGGUAUCUACCACCUGUAUCCUGCUUGUUCCCUGGGCGCUUCUAGCGGUCUGAUCCACGGGCGCUGGGGCGCCAGGGCCCUGGGAACAAGACAACUCGAGAGAGAGGCUGGGUUCUGGGGCCUGCCUUCCUGGAACGGACGCUGACGGCCAGAGACGGGCACCAACGUGCCAGAUACGGCACCACGGCACCACGGUCCACGGCAGCAGGGGCAGCUCUGGUGAAGAACGUUGUUUAGCGUUUCAUUAGCGCCCAGCAGGGCUGUGUCUGGUUGGCUCGACGUUCUAGUGACCGUCUGGGCACCUGGCACUUCCUGGGCACACCCCAACAAACACCCGCUCCAACCUUGCCUGGCCCGGUCCUUGACGUCGUUCCAGCUACUUCUGCUCCUGCUUCCCAGGCUCGAGCCUUCCAACCUCCAAAUCACCUCACCACCACCGCCGCCACCACCACCCUCACCGUCCACAUCCCGCCUCGCGCGUCAAGCACGGCACACAACGUGGCAGACAAAAGGCAACCGGCCACACCACGCUGCUGGGAGUACGGCCUGCCCGACACUCGCUUCUCGCCGUUUGUCCGGUUUCUAACUUGGUCACUGGCUCGGCUUCAGGACUCGGAUUUGACUCUCGCCUUGCCUCACAUGCGCCGACCCUCUCUGCCCGGCCUCUGGCAGUCACUCGCUCCGUCAUUCCCAUCGAGGACCUGACUUGAACAUCGACACACUGUCACCACAAGAGAAUCAAGACCCGACAAGGGCAUCAAUAUAUAGGCCUUGGGCCCGGCCCACCCACGCUCCACACCCGCCCGAGUGCGACCGACCGACCCGAAUGACCGUCCAUCCGACCGUCGACACGAUUUACUAGACUUUGGUGCAAUCGUCACCACCGCACACGAUACUGUCCAUCACCAUGCGCUUUCCACAAGCACAACGAUUUCCUCUCUUCCUCCUCUGCCUCCUGGGGCUCUCUCUCUCCGCCAGCGCCGAAUAUGUCCUCCAAACAACGUCGCUCAGCACCUGUCAGGCGAAUUCCGGCUUCUCAGCCAGCCUUUUCGAUGUCGUCUAUACGCCAAACAACGACUCGGUCGCCGUCGACAUGACCGCCACGUCCACGGUCGAGGGCUAUGUCCUUUUUGACAUUUCCAUCACCGCCUACGGCUAUGAGAUCAUGCGCAAGACCAUUGAUCCCUGCACUGCCGGCGACGGCUUCAAGGGUUUCUGUCCCAUGAGCCCCGGCAAUCUGAACAACCCCUUCAACGUCCCCAUCGACCCGAGCGCAAAGUCGCAGAUUCCCGGCAUUGCCUACACCUUCCCCGACAUCGAUGCCAAGGUCCGUGUCUUUAUCAACAAGACCGAUGGUAGCCCUGUCGCCUGCGUCCAGGCUGCCGUGUCCAACGGAAAGACUGUCGAUCUUGUUGGCGUCAAGUGGGCCUCUGCCAUAAUUGCCGGGUUGGCUCUUGCGUCCUCCGCCAUCAUGUCCGGCCUGGGUCAUCAGAACGCUGCAGCUCAUGUGGCUGCCAGCGCCCUGUCGCUCUGUGGGUACUUCCAGUCCCAGGCGUUCAUUGGUCUCGUCGCGAUCCCGCUUCCGCCUUCCGUCCAAGCUUGGACCCAGGAUUUCCAGUGGAGCCUGGGAAUCAUCAAGGUCAAAUUCAUGCAGGACAUAUUCACCUGGUAUCAGCGUGCCACUGGCGGCACUCCCGCCUCGCUGUUUGAUUCCCUGACCAAGUAUUCGGUCCAGGUGCAGAAGCGUUCGUUGAACCUCGAGGACACGCCCGUCAAUGGGCUAUAUAGGAGGGCCGUUGCGAUGAUGCCUCGAAGCGAAGUCAGGGCAAAGGCGGCGCGCCACCUCGCCAAACUCGCGAAGCGGGCGGGCAAUUACAAGAGCCCCUCUGGUGACUACGUCGUCACCGGUGUGCAGAGGUAUGCCUACCAGGCAGGCAUCGAAACCACCAACUUCUUCUUGACGGGGCUCGUCUGGUUCUGCAUAUUCCUGAUCCUUAGUGCUCUGGCGGUGGUUGCGUUCAAGUACAUUUGUGAGGGCUGCGCCAAGGCCGGCUGGGUCAAGACAGAUGCCUUCGCCGACUUCAGGCGGGACUGGCGUACUCACAUGAAGGGAAUCCUGUUCCGCAUCAGCCUGGUUGGCUUCCUUCCAAUGUCGUUUCUCUGCCUCUGGGAACUGACACAGGGAGACUCGCCGGCCGAGAUGGUUUUGGCCGUCUUCUUCUUCCUUGGUAUCCUGGUAUCAUUGAGCUGGGCGGCUUUCAACGUCAUCCGCAUGGCCAGGCGUUCUAUCGCGCUGCACAAGAACCCGGCCUACGCCCUGUACUCUGACGCUCACGCGCUCAACAAGUGGGGCUUCCUGUACAUCCAGUAUCGCGCCUCGGCCUACUACUUUAUUGUACCGGUGAUCAUCCACACUCUCAUCAAAUCCAUCUUCGUCGCCUUCGCCCAGAAGUCGGGAGUUGCCCAGGCUGUCGCACUGAUCAUCAUUGAGGUCACCGCAUUGAUCGCUACCAGCGUUUUGCGGCCGUACAUGGACAAGUCGACCAACGCCUUCAACAUCACCAUCUGCGUUGUUAAUUUCCUCAACGCCAUCUUCCUGCUCAUCUUCACCGACGUUUUCGACCAGCCUGGUCUCAUGACUGGUAUCGUGGGUAUCUUGCUGUGGAUUCUGAACGCGGCCGUCACGUUAAUCCUGCUCCUCAUCCUGAUCAUCACCACCGUGGUCAUCUUCUUCAAGACAAACCCCGAUGGCCGCUACAAGAUGGCCGAUGACCGCACUUCGUUCAUGAAGUCGCAGUCAGUUCUCAACACCACAACGCAGCUCGACGCGCUGGCUGCCACCGCACGCGGAGACCACGAGGGCGGGUAUAUCAAAGCUCGCAUCGAGGACGAGGAUGAAGAAGACACUGGCUCCUCCAGGUCAGGCCUCCCACGUCACAAUGGCGUCCCGCACACGCCUGGCCACAGUGACAGGCGGAGCGGUCAGAGCCUGGUACCAUCGGAGGAGCUGAAUGAGAAGGACGCCAUGGUUCAGCGACCAGUAUCAAUACCCAGCACAACAGACUCCGCCAGCUUGAGAGAUAUGAAUCGUGCACCUGUGCCAGUCAGCCCACUGGCUAGUGGCUCAAAUUUGGGCCACCAGCAUCAUAGCGCCAUGUCUGCGCAGAGGGGCGGCGAUCACGCAGCCCCAUGGCAGCGGGGCCUUGGCUACGACUAAUCAUGAGCUGUUCAAGAAUUUUGGACAUAUUGUAACGUUUGAACAUAAUACGAGCGAGAGCGCAUUCCAGCGGAAGUGGGGUGGGACAUAAUUGAUUAAUGUGCCCGGGCCGCAUCACACACAUCUUGCCUUACACAAUAGGCACAAUACCGGAGGUCGGAUCUAUCAAUGAUUUAGUUCCGGGGCUCGUUCUGAUGAUUUACCUGACGGAGUUUUCGGCGAGGCAGGAAGGGCCUCUCUAUUUUGGUUUUGACUGGGAGGAAAAUGGUUGGGAAUGGUAGAAUUUUGGACAAUCCCUGAUAGCGCCUUUGGGAGGUGUGUCGCGUACAUAGGUUGUACCGCAGAAUCACAUUCAUUUUCUGGAGACUGCGGAGUGGACUGAAAAAGGACUGCUGUGGAGUGCAGGCGGGUUUUGGCGGCUGUGUGGAAGGUUGAGAGAGGAAUGUUAAUCGUCUCAAUGGGCAUUGCGGUGAGGGCGGCCGCGGAAAUACGCCGUCUUUGUUGUCGGCGGGAUCUAUUUCGCGGAUCAGGUAUACAUAGCGGAACAGACAAGCUAGAACAAUGCCAUACUACAUUAAAUCUG